CAGAUAAGAAAUACGCGCGUCUACGCGUCGUUCAGUUCAAAGCUGGCGAGAGAGCCGAGAGGCGACGAGAGACUUCCGUCCCCGAGAGUACUUCCUGCUCUUCUCUACUCUUCCCACCCGCGGCGGAAGAAACUGCGUUGUGACGCACAUCUUAGCAACACGCGCGGCGAACGAGAGAUCGGCUUCUCGGAGCAGCCUGAGAGGAGUCGAGAGGAAGCGACCACGCUUCACCACGAGGCGACAAUUCGUGCAUCCGACACGAUACAGCCCCGCGCCCGCUUUUAACGCCGUCGAGCAGCGAGGGGCAGCCAUGGAUCUCGUUUACAUACCGGAAGUGCUUACCUACGAGUUCUCGCGGCACACGCAGUACCGCGACUACGAGCAGCCCUGGAACAAGGACUACUUCAGGCCCACCAGCAGGAAAUCAGCGGAGACUCGGCGACCCGAGCAGCCACGAUCCAAAGAAAGCUGCGACUUGUGCAAAGAAACGAAAAGGAGAAGCCUGGCGGUUUACAUAAGAACUAAGUCACGAAGUGAUUCCUGUCACGAAGGGAUCAACGAGGAAGAAGAGGAGAACGACGCGAUGUGCAAUGAGAGAAAAGCCGCAGACGCCGACCGAAAUAAAUCGGCCAAGUCGUCACGCGGUGCAGACAAAUCAUAGCCUCUAGGUAUCACGUGCAACGAUCACGACAAUAACAAUAAUUUUUGAUUACGAUAAGCAAUAACGGAUAUAUAUAUACGCGUAAGGGUUAUUUUUAACUGGAACUAACAUGUUAGAUUUAUGACCAUCGAACCCACACGUCUGUUUCGACAAAUACGUUGUAGAAUGGCAAAACGCAAUCGGUUCUCGAAACUCUUGUAUCAUAUUUACAGCGUGCAACAUGUUUUCGUUAUUUUAAUUAGACGCGUAAAUUAGAUACUAAGGUGGAAUUUGUUAGACGUUAUAUCUUUCAAAGGCAGGUGUGAGUCAAAUAAAUUUUCCAGGAUAGAAAGAUAAACUCGGAUUAAGAUUUGUACCGCAGUAAGCGUGGUAAAUAGGAAUAGUUCAUAUCAUCACUCAACUCCAUACAAUUCUUUCGGUUAUACAUCGUUAAUUUUGUCAGCAUUGCACGUUAGUCAUUCAACGAAUAUCCGUGUAAAUAUGAAUGCAAAUACGCUCCUACAAACGUCAAUUCUCGCUAAAUUUAUCUUCGAAUUUUGAAAAUCAUAUCCACGCUUGCACGCAAAUUGAACUCGUACUAUUGAAAAUACAGAGAAAGAAAAAGAAAAUAUUGCAAUCGUAAUUUUAGCAUCAGUUGCAGAUAUAUCUAGAAUGAGAAGAACACAGUAACUGCAAAAUUGAUUUAAGACUUCAAUAAAGUUUGUUAUAAUGAAGGAAAACACUCACAAAUUAACUGCUUGAUUUAUAAGACUGACUACGCGAUUCUGUAUUUUAUAAGCAUAACGAAAUAAGUUAUAGUUUAGGUACCCGUGUAACAAUAUUGUCGUUACAUUAACAUCUAUGUAUAGCGUACAGUACUUAAUUCUGACAAAUAAGACUUUUAAUUCUCUUUUUUUUUUAAUAUAAAGAUGAAGAAACACGGCAGAUGCCAAGUUAGUUUUACCAGUUAUUUUACUCGUAUUUCUACAAUUAUUUCUUAAGAUAUGUAUUUGUAAGUUAUUGUAUGAUCGGAUGUAACAAACCACGUUGCUACCAUGAGCAUUUUUAUUUUACAUACUUGCAUAAUUUUAAUAACAUUACAAUUACUUGUAAAUGUUAAGAAAAUUACCAUAUUAGUAACAAUAAUAAUUUGGAGCAUACACAUAGA